AAAAUUGAUAUUAAAAUAUAUUUAUGGAACUGUACUUGUUCUCUGCUUCAUAACUCAAAAUAAAAGUGUAGUAAAAUAGAAUAAUAGUGCAACCUAGUAAUUGUUCAACCUGAUUUUUAUUUAACCCUCUAAAUGGAUGGAUACCAAGAGGACGUGGUGGCCUACCGCUCGUUGAGCACCAUUAAGGGAUUGGAGUGCAGGCACUUGAGGAAGAAGUGCCGAAAUCUUCGCCUGGAAUUGGCCUGUUCUCGACUUCGGGAGCUGGCGAUGAUAGCGAAUGUGGGUCGCGUUAUUUGGCACAUAGAACUCUUAAUGAUCAUUCACAUAAUACUUUUGCUCUCAUUAGUUCGGGAUAUUGUGCUGGUCUCAUUGCUUCCCUAUUUAAUAAUAAUGAUCUUAACUCCGUGUAUUAUGAUAGGCAGCAUGCAGGAAGAUGUUUCGUUCACUGUUCACCUCCUCAUCUCAUGUCUGAUGGCUUUCUUUCUAACCAUAAUGGACAUCUCUUCUGAUCUCCUGGGGACCAUCCACCUUGAAUCGGCAUAUCCCAUAGUACCCACCUAUGAUCACGUGGUGCUGGUCUGUGUCUACAUGGCUCUUCCCAUUGCAUUCUUCAAGGGUUAUUGUGUAUAUAUCCUGGGCCUUACGGUUUCCCUAGUUUAUCUGGGUUUCGUUUGGUAUAUGCAGCAUCUCAACGACCAAGUUUCGCUGGCCCUGCUCGGCUCCUAUGCGAUAUAUCUCUUCAUUCUGAACCUUAUAUUUUCGUACUUUACUGUACUUCGUGAUUACUGCCUCAGGCGCUCGAUACUGACUCGGUACCAGUUGGUAUACCAAAAUAUUGUAUAUCAGACUGUUAUGAAAAAGGAAAAGGCCCUUUUGGAGUCCAUACUACCACGCAGAAUGAUUCGCACUCUGCAGGAGGAAAUCUGCAGUCGUAUCGAAGAUCAGGAUAAGAAGUUUACGCCUCUUAGGUCCACUUCAAGAAAACUCUUUUUGGAACCCUAUCCCGAAGUCUCUUGUUUGGUGGCCGACAUGGUCAACUACACGCAUUUAACGACUACCCUGGAGGCAGCGCAACUUGUGGAGAUCCUACAUGAUCUUUUUGUCAAUUUUGAUAUGGCCGCCAAUCGCAACCGAGCGAUGAGGAUCAAGUUCCUUGGGGAUGCCUACAACUGUGUGGCUGGAAUACCCAACUACUUUCCUGCCCACGCUUCCUGCUGUGUGGAUCAGGCCCUCGAGAUGAUUCGCAUUACCCAGGAUAUUAGUGGCCGGCGGAAUUUGGCCAUCAAUCUAAGGAUUGGUGUGCAUUCGGGGGAGGUAUUCGCCGGCAUCAUUGGACUUACAAAGUGGCAGUUUGACAUCUGGUCCAAGGAUGUGGAUAUUACUAAUCGGUUAGAAAUGACAGGCCUUCCUGGUUUGGUGCACGUUUCCCAGAGGACUCUAAGUAUGCUGGACGAUCACUAUGUGUUUAGCGAUGGAACUGAGGUGGCCAGAAAUGAUACGAUCCUGAAGCAAGCUGGAAUCCGCACCUAUCUGGUCAGCAGUCGACUGCCUGAUACAGUGGAACCCGGGGAUCUGGACCAGGACUACAGCAAUGCCUCCAUAACCUCUUAUCGCUUGAGUUACGCCGGUUACUACGAGGAUCUCCAGAUUAAAGCGCAGCGUGAGAUGAUGAAGGAGGUGGAACAGAUGGCGGUGGGUCACUGCAUCUUCGAGUGCAAGCGAAACAGGUUGACCAAGAGCAAGGGUUUCAGUGAGGAGCAGCUGUUUAACAAGCGGAUCCAUCUUUUCUUAGGAGUAUUCCGCAGCUGGAAGACUGAAUGGGGGUUUCACAAUCAACCCGAUCUCAUGAUGAAGUAUACUAUGAUUUUGGUUUGCUGUGCGGGCCUGGCUAUAUUAACCAUUAACUUGAUCGAACAAGCUGAUAAGUUGGAUAUCUUUGUCUUGGUGGGAAUACUUCUUGUACUGCUGAUCCUUUGUUUUCUCGCUGGUUAUAAGAAAUUGCGACGACAAUGUAAAAGACUGACACCCAUGUCGCAACCCUCAUGUUUCUUAAGCCGUUGGCUUCUGAGGAUCUCGGAACGCAUCGAGGAUUCGAUUUUUUUAAGGGUUCCACUGGCCAUUAUCGUAAUGCUUCUGCUCUACGUAAUGUCCUCUCAGACAGUGUUUUCCUGUGAUGUAGCCAAGUUAGAACUGGGUAUUAUUGAUGCCCAUCUGCAUAACGAAAAGUCCUAUGCGGAAUGCUUUGGACCCUGGACAGUGACCUAUUCAGUGGUCAUAGUGCUCAGUCUUUUGUUUGUCACCCUGGGUUGUCCGCUUAUAAUCAAGAUGACCUUGGGCCUCGUCAUCCUGGGUCUCCACUUGGGCACCGUUCACUUUUACUAUGGUUUCGCCUUUGAGCGCUCAGAGACCACAGAUCUGGGUCUAAAGGCGGACUAUGCCCACACCUGGUACCUGGUGGCCUUCUUCAUCAUUCUGAUAAUGCGUGAUCGUCACCACAAUUACCUGAAGAAGGUUUCUUACUUCAUGCGAAUUUGCUACGAGGAGACGCACAAACGGACAGAUGACAAGCUGCGCUCUAUUAAGAUCAUUAUGGCCAAUAUGCUACCUUCCCAUGUGGCAGAGGUUUUCAAAGUCCGAAGACCCAACGAUCAGCUCUACUCCGAAACCUUCUCCAAAGUGGCUGUGAUGUUUGCCUCCAUCGAGAACUUCAAUGCGGAUACGGCGGGUCUGAGAAUUCUACAUGAGAUUAUAUGCUGCUUUGACGACCUUCUGGUUGAGUACCAAAUGAGGUACAAGAUCGAGAAGAUCAAGGUCAUGGGUUGGACCUACAUGGCGGCCUGUGGCCUUCAAGUGGAUCACUAUACAGACUUUUCGAUCGACAUUCCUGUCAAGCAACCCGAAACGGAGUCCGAAAUGAGACGCAGAUCUAGCGUUCUGACUGUUCAUUUUGGUAGCACCGAGGACGAUGAAAUGAGUGGCGAUACUGUUAAUCAGCCAUUAGCCUUAGUGCAAGAUGGAGCCGUUCUGGUAAUGACCGAAUUUGCCUUGGAUUUACUCCGAAUUAUGUAUGACAUUCGGUACAAUGUCCGAUUUUCGGAGUACGACUCUUUUGCGUCGGGCAGUCUAAAGAUCGGCAUUUCCCAUGGACCUGUGAUGGCUGGCGUUGUGGGACUUUCAAAGCCCCAUUAUGACAUCUGGGGUCACACAGUUAACAUGGCUUCCCGCAUGACCUCCACUGGACUGCUGGACAAUAUCCAGGUCACCAGGCACACGGCAAAAGUCCUAAGACAAUUCAACAUUCGCUGCAAUUACCGGGCUCACACGGAGGUCAAGGGAGUGGGCAAGGUGCCCACCUAUCUGGUGGUCAUAGAUCCGGAUCUCACCUUCCAGGAUCACGACCAAGUGAGCAUGAGCGUGAAGAGCUCGAAGAGCAUGAUACUCGACAAUCUGCCCUUUGCACCAAGCUAUGUGGCUCCAAAGGCUUCUUCAACUUCGGAGGAAGAGGAAGCUGGAGAGGAGGAGGAUAACCAGGAAGAGGAUCAGGAGGAGGAGGAGGAUGACCUGGAGGAGCGCCAAAAAGGAGGCUUUCUCAUCACCAACGAAUCGUAUUAA